AUGCCUCCACGCCGAAGCGCACGCGGCAAGGGAAAGGAGAAACUUAGCGACGAUGAACCGUUGGAAGACACCCCGUAUGUCGCAUGGAUGAAGGAGCAGCAAAAGCAGGGGAAGCCGUCCCCUUCCAUCAAGCGUAUUGCAAAGGCAAAGCACGACUCUGCUGGCGCCAGCACUAGCAGCGGUCCUGGGCAUGACGACGACGAAACUGGGGGCGACACGGACGUCAGCGAUGACGAGCUUGAGGAGAUCGUGUCGGAAUCGGACAGUGAUGCCGAUUCCGACAACUACAAGGCCGGCAGUGAGGACGAAGAGGAAGAUUCAGACGGUGCCGAAGUAGGAAGCGGUGACGACCGCAGCACACGUCGAUCGAAAAAGGAGAAGCGCCCGCCGGCGAAGCGCAACAAGCGAGUGUGGUCGGACGCAGAGCUGGCAUCACUCGCGGCCGCUUGUUGGAACACGAAGGACGACCUGAAGGCGAUGCAGGGGAAGCAAGGGAGCCAGUACUGGAAGAAGCUGCGAGCUCAUAUGGUUGAGAGGGACGCCACGUGGGACCGCGAUGAGGGGCAGAUGUCGAAUGCGUGGAAACAUGCUGUAGUCACACCACCACCCAAACGAAUGCGGAUAGACGAAACCGCCACAAUGGCAGCAGCUAAGAUUGUGAGCGACGCCAUUAAUUCCUCCAACGCGAUGGCGUUACGCCAGCUUCAAGACUCCAUGCAACUACUUGUCGCCGCCAAGGCUGGCUUACGACAGCAGAUGGCCAGUCCGCCCGUACCACCUGCGGCGCCCGCGACUACGCCGCCACCAGCACCGCCUGCAGACGCAAGCGACGCCAACAUGGCGGGGUCGGAGGAUGUGGCGGAGCAGCACGAGCCUUAG